GUUCACCACUGUGUUACAUCACCUUUUCUUUUAACAACACUCAUGGUUCUCGAGCUGGAAGAAUCCUCAGAUCCUACAGUGAGGAAUGCACAGGUACCAAUCCGAACAGGCCGGAAGUGGCAAGCAGGGCCAGAGGUUGCCAAAGCCAUUGGCAGGCUCCAACACCAGGAGAUAGUUGGCAGGGUGCAAGUAGGAAGAGCGGGGCUUGGCUGGGGAGAUUCUCCACGCCUUUGGUCCAAGGCCACAAAGAGGGAACGCAGAGCCAUGGUUGUGGAGGAGGUCUCAAGGGCGAACCAGGAGCAAUAUACCAUCAAGGCCGUGUCUCAAGGUCGCCAAGGAAGAUGGACCACUUGGGAAGGUACCCUUAGCAGACCCAUCAGCUGGGCCGACCUAUGGAAGAUGCCCCAAGCCAGACUCAGCUUCCUACUCAGGGCAACUUAUGACACCUUGCCAUGCCCCAGAAACCUCCACCAGUGGUACGGCCAGGAGGAGAGCUGUCCCCUGUGUGGUGCUCCCAAUGCCAGCCUGCAGCACUUGCUAUCAAGCUGCAAGAUCGGGCUGACACAGGGUCGCUUCAGAUGGCGACAUGAUCAAGUCCUGAUGAAACUGGCAGAAAUCCUGGAGAGCAGUAGACGAGAGGCCAACAGCCAACCCAUAGCCAAACAACAUUCUGUCAUGUUUGUGAGGCCAGGGGAAGGCAAAGGAGACACCAGCCGAAGAGGCCCCCGCAGUGUCCUCUCUCUGGCAAGGGACUGGAGUAUGAGGGCUGACAUUGGCAAACAGCUCCAAUUCCCCCGUGAGAUCACCACCACUUCACUCCGCCCAGACAUUGUGCUGUGGUCUGCUGUUACCAAGUCUGCCAUGCUGGUUGAGCUUACCAUCCCCUGGGAGGAGGGAAUCCAGGCAGCAUACGAGCGCAAAGCAGCCAAGUAUGCAGAUCUGGCUGCUGAGUGCAGAGAGGCAGGCUGGUCCACUACCAUCUACCCUGUGGAAGUAGGCUGUCGGGGCUUCGUCGGUACAUCAACCAUAAGGCUGCUCCGAGAUGUGGGAUUGACUGGGGCUAAGCUCCGAAGGGAAACAAAGGCCCUUGCUGAGGAAGCAGAAAAGGGAAGUUUCUGGUUGUGGCUGAGGAGGAGAGAUAAGUACUGGGGGUCGAGGCAAUAAGAUGGGUCAGCUGCAGGGGGUGGCAGGGAGACGUCCCUGCCACCGCUCCGCCACCAGGAGGCGUUCCGGGGUUAAAGAGAGCGAAACUCCUAUGAGCGGUGGUCCCCGGCUGAUGACCCUGCAGCUGACCCAAGGCGCUGUAGGAGGCGCGUCAGGCAUACUUGCCCAGCAGAAACAACACCAUAUCUGUACAAUCAAUCUGCUUUGCAAAAAAUAUUUUUAACCCAAAUACGUGAAAUUAGAUAAUCUCCCACGGCACAGCAGACUGUAUCUCACGGCACAGUGGUUGAAAAACACUCGUGUAAGUAAUAUAGAUGCUGCCGUGUGUGUCUUUCUCUCUCCGUCACUCUCAUCAUCUUUCCCCUCAAGAUCUCCAACGCUGCUGAUAAAGGGAACAGGUGAUUGGAUCACUCGCUCCAGCUGAGGUAUCUGCUCACCUGUAUGCUGCUUCCUGGCCGGCCCCUGCACACGCCCCGCCCGCAGGGAACGCGUAGGCCACGCCCCUCUCCACAACGUCCAGCAGGUGUCAGCAGAGAGUCAUGAAGAGAUUCCCUCCAAGCAGCAGGAGUGGAGCUCCAGUGUGGGACAGAAGGAGCUACAGGCCCCCUCCCACAUUAAAGAGGAAGAGGAGGAACUGUCGAAGCAGCUUCAAAGGGUGGAGGAGGCUAAUGAUGAAGAUGAAGCUCAGUCCUUACAGCUUCAUCACAGUCAAAGUGAGGAGAACAGAGGGGCGGAGCUUGUAAGUCAACACAUCACAGAAGCUGAUGGAGAGCAUUGUGAAGAUAUAAAGUCAGAACCAGACAGCAUCUUUGCUCCACUGUCAGACAUGGACCACAUGAUGUCACACUCUUCUGAUCACAGUGACCACAUCCAAAAACCUUUGGAGAGUAAAAAUGACUCCAAAGGUGAUACGAGACAUCACACUAACAACAAACACUUUGACUGCUCUCAAUGUGGGAAAUCAUUUAAAAGAAAGACUGAUUUUACAAGACACAAGAGAAUACAUACUGGAGAGAAACCUUUUACUUGCUCUGUUUGUAAAAAAAGUUUCUCCACAAAGCAACACAUGACCACACACAUGAGAACACACACUGGAGAGAAACAUUUUACUUGCUCUGUUUGUAAGAAGAGUUUCUCCAUUAAGUCUGCCAUGACCAGACACAUGAGAACACACACUGGAGAGAAACCUUUUCCUUGCUCUGUUUGUAAGAAGAGUUUCUCCAGAAAGCAACACAUGACCACCCACAUGAGAAGACACACUGGGGAGAAACCUUUUCCAUGCUCAGUGUGUCCCAAAAGAUUCUCCAUAAAUGAGCAAAUGAAAAGACACAUGAGAACACACACUGGAGAGAAACCUUUUACUUGCUCUCUUUGUAAGAAGAGGUUUUCCAGAAAGCUUAACAUGUCCACGCACAUGAGAACACAUACUGGAGAGAAACCAUUUACUUGCCCUGUUUGUAAGAAGAGUUUCUCCACAAAGCUUGUCAUGACCAGACACAUGAGAACACACACUGGAGAGAAACCGUUUAGUUGCACUGUGUGCGAUAAAACAUUCAGGGUUAAGUAUCAGGUCAGUAAACACAAGUGUGUAACAGUCAUGGAAGCUGCAGGGAUUUAAAAACACUUAAACAGUGAUUGUGCUAAAUGUACUUUAAAACACAGCAUGUUUAAUAUGAAUGAAUAUUUGAUGUUGUAUGUAGUGCUUCUCAUCUUCUACUGUUAUUCUAUGUUGUUCUGGAAUUACUUUUAAGUUGUGUGCAUUUAUUGAAUAUCAUGUAUGUAGCUACUAUUUUAUUUCAUUUUCUCAUUGUUAAAGAGAGAACUUCUUAUUAUUUACAGUUGUUUUUUGUUCACACAUUUUCUUCCAUUGCAUUUUUAUUGAUGUUAUU